AUGUCAAACAUCUUUUUACCCUUAUCGAAAGAACAGUCUGUGGAAGUAUCCAUCAUUCACGGCGGUCGUACCACCGUGCCAACAAAAUAUGUGGUCCAAACUCCAAUUCCGGGUCACGAUCUAUUGGAUAUUCCAUGCUACAGUUUCUUGAUUGAAAAUAAGUCUCAAAACAAGAGGAUUCUUUACGAUUUAGGACUCAUGAAGGCAUGGAAGGAGAAGCAGCCUCCUGCAAUUCUCAAUCAAAUUGAGGCUGCCAAUGCGGUAAUGGACAUCAAAUCAGACGUGACUGAUCAACUUGUCGAUGCUGGUAUACAACUGGGGUCUAUCAAUGCAGUCAUCUGGUCACAUCAUCAUGUUGAUCAUACCGGCGACCCGUCUCUAUUUCCGCCAUCGACUUCCCUUAUCGUCGGGCCUGGAUUCAAAACAAACAACACCACAUUCCCUGGCUAUCCAAAAAAUCCCGAUUCAUUAGUGGCAGAUGAUGCUUUUCACGGACGUGAAAUCAUCGAGUUGGAUUUUUCUACUGCUGCUAGUAUCGGUGGGUAUCCGGCUAUUGAUUACUUCGGGGAUGGAAGUUUCUAUAUCUUGCAAUCCAAAGGGCAUACUCAUGACCAUAUCAGCGCUCUUGCGCGGACCUCAAAUAGCAAAUUCAUCUUCCUAGGAGGGGACGUGGCUCACCACCCAGGCGAAUACCGUCCAACCGAGCUGCUAUCUUUACCUAACGACAUUGAAGUCCCAUUACCAACGAAUGACAAUACACCAUUCUUAUCGGUCUGUCCCGCCUCCGUUUUAGAAACCAUUCACCCCGGGAAAAAAGAGGGUAAGGAUUAUCGGACAACACCAUUCUACCAGUCGAACUCAUUGAUGAAUGUCUCCCUUCCUGACGCCGAAGCUUCAAUCGAGAAGAUGCAGGCCUUUGACGCAUCAACAGAUGUAUUUACCAUCAUUGCACAUGACACGAGUUUGCUGGAUGUGUUGCCCUUUUUCCCAAAGACUAUAACCGACUGGGACAAGGCUGGAUAUAAGUCCCUUGGAGCAUGGAGAUUCUUAAAGGACUUUGAAAAGGCUAUUGCAGAAAUCAAGACUGAAGACACACAAUAA